GUGACGCCGCUCCAGCCGCUCCCUACGCCCGGCGGACCCCUCAGUCUGAAGUCCGCCCAGAGCUCCAUUCAAAGUCCUGAGAGUCGGAUGAGAGCCACGUCCAGCCUCAUCCAGCAGAACAGACACGAGUUAACCUAAAGACAGCUGGGAAGGGCUUCAGGAGCCACUCCAGACUUGGGGAAUCACUUCUGGGAUCCUACUAUUGUCCGGAGAGUGGAUUUAGGACAAGAGGGAGCAACUCUUGCACAGAUAAAGAGGGCAGGAUAGCUGCAGUCAAAAUGGAGGUGAAGACGUCACUUCUAGACAACAUGAUCGGGGUGGGCGACAUGGUCCUCCUAGAGCCCCUGUCUGAAGACUCCUUCCUUGAAAACUUGAAGAACCGCUUUGACCACAGUGAGAUCUACACAUACAUUGGCAGUGUGGUGAUCUCCAUGAACCCCUACAGGUCCCUGCCCAUCUACACACCGGACAAAGUGGAGGAGUAUCGCAACAGAAACUUCUAUGAACUUAGUCCACACAUCUAUGCUUUGGCAGAUGAGGCCUAUCGUUCACUGAGGGACCAGGACAAGGAUCAGUGCAUCCUCAUCACAGGGGAGAGUGGGGCUGGGAAAACUGAGGCCAGCAAGCUGGUGAUGUCAUAUGUGGCAGCGGUGUGUGGGAAGGGCCAGGAGGUGAAUAAGGUCAAAGAACAGCUGCUGCAGUCCAACCCUGUGCUGGAGGCUUUUGGAAACGCCAAAACUGUGAGGAAUGACAACUCAUCCAGAUUUGGAAAGUACAUGGACAUUGAAUUUGACUUCAAAGGAGAUCCUCUGGGUGGAGUCAUCAGCAACUAUCUGCUGGAGAAGUCACGUGUGGUGAAACAGCCAAGAGGAGAGAGGAACUUCCACGUCUUUUAUCAGCUCUUGUCUGGAGCCUCCGACGACACACUCAAGAAGCUGAAGCUGUACCGGGACUUCAGCAAGUACAACUACCUGAGUCUGGACUCAGCCGUGGUCAAUGGGCUGGAUGAUGCAGCCAACUUCAGGACAGUCAGAAAUGCCAUGCAGAUUGUGGGCUUCAUGGAGGACGAGGUGCAGUCGGUGCUGGAGCUGGUGGCGGCCGUGCUGAAGCUCGGCAAUAUCGAGUUCAAGCCAGAGUCGCGCUGUAAUGGUACAGAUGAGAGUCGCAUCAAAGACAAAAACGAUUUGAAGGAGAUGUGUGAGCUGCUCGGGAUUGAACAGUCAGUGCUGGAGAGGGCAUUCAGUUACCGCACAGUAGAGGCCAAGAUGGAGAAAGUGUCCACGACCCUGAAUGUGGCCCAGGCCUACUAUGCCAGAGAUGCCCUUGCCAAAAAUCUCUACAGUCGUCUGUUUAGCUGGCUAGUUACCAGGAUCAACGAAAGCAUCAAAGCACAAACUAAAACUCGACACAAGGUCAUGGGUGUCCUGGACAUCUAUGGCUUUGAGAUAUUUGAGGAUGGAGACAACAGCUUUGAGCAGUUUAUCAUCAACUACUGCAACGAGAAGCUGCAGCAGAUCUUCAUUGAGCUGACCCUGCGCGAAGAGCAGGAAGAAUAUGUCAGAGAGGGCAUCGAGUGGACUAACAUUGAAUAUUUCAACAACGCUAUUAUCUGCGACCUCAUUGAGAAUAACCAAAAUGGCAUCUUGGCCAUGUUGGAUGAGGAGUGCCUGAGGCCUGGGACAGUCACAGAUGAGACCUUCCUGGACAAACUUAACACUGUCUGUGCUGAGCACCAACACUUUGAGAGUCGCCUCAGCAAGAAUUCGAAGUUUCUCAACGACCACAGCCUGCCACACAGUUGCUUCCGCAUCCAGCACUACGCCGGCAAGGUGUUGUACCGCGUCGAGGGAUUUGUAGACAAGAACAACGACCUGUUAUACAGAGACCUGUCACAGGCCAUGUACAAGGCUAACCACAGCCUCAUCAAACAGCUGUUCCCUGAGGGCAACCCUGCCAAAGUCAACCUGAAGAGACCACCCACUGCUGGAUUCCAGUUCAAAGCAUCAGUGGGCACUCUGAUGAGGAACCUGCAGACCAAGAACCCAAACUACAUCCGCUGCAUCAAGCCCAAUGACAAGAAGGCAUCCCACAUCUUCACCGAGUCUCUGGUGCGCCAUCAGGUGCGCUACCUGGGCCUGAUGGAGAAUGUCCGUGUGCGGAGAGCAGGCUAUGCCUUCCGCCAGGCCUAUGAGCCCUGCCUGGAACGCUACAAAAUGCUCUGCAAACGGACCUGGCCCCAUUGGAGAGGGCCUGCCAGGGAAGGAGUGGAGGUGCUGAUGGCCGACCUCCAGGUUCCAGCAGAAGAGUUUUCCUAUGGUCGCUCCAAGAUCUUCAUCAGGAACCCAAGAACGCUCUUCUUCUUGGAGGAGAGGAGGAGGCAAUGCCUGCAAGACCUGGCCACGCUCAUUCAGAAGAUCUACCGUGGCUGGAAGUGCCGCAGUCAGUUCCUGCUGCUGAAACAGAGCCAGAUAGUGGUGGCAGCAUGGUACCGUCGAUAUGCGCAACAAAAGAAGUACCAGAGGAUCAAGAGCGCCACCACUGUGGUGCAGUCCUACACCAGAGGAUGGCAGGCCCGCAAACUCCUGAGAGAGCUGAAAUAUCAGAAGAGAUGUGAAGAGGCAGCGACCACCAUCGCAGCCUACUGGCACGGCACCCAGGCUCGGAUGGAGCUGCGACGUCUAAAACAAGAGGCGCGGAAUAAACAUGCUGUGACAGUUAUUUGGGCAUACUGGCAGGGAACCAAGGCCCGGAGAGAGCUGCGUCAGCUGAAGGAGGAGGCGAGGAAUAAACAUGCCGUAUCGGUCAUUUGGGCCGGCUGGCAGGGCACCAAGGCUCGCAGGGAGCUGAGGAGACUGAAGGAAGAGGCCAGACGUAAGCAUGCUGUCGCUGUGAUUUGGGCCUACUGGCAGGGACUCAAGGUCCGCAGAGAGUACAGAAAAUACUUCAGGGCAAAUGCAGGCAAGAAGAUCUAUGACUUCACCAUCCAGAGAAUUCUGCAAAAGUACUUCCUGGGUCUGAAGAGCACCAUGCCCUCCAUGUCACCCAUAGACAAGAACUGGCCUGCUAGGCCUUAUCUCUUCCUGGAUGGAACCCACACAGAGCUCCGGAGAAUCUUCCAUCUCUGGAGGUGCAAGAAAUACAGGAGCCAGUUCACAGAGGAGAAGAAGGCGGUGUAUGAGGAGAAGCUGGAGGCAAGUGAGAUCUUCAAGGAUAAAAAGGCUCUCUACCCAAGCAGUGUGAGCCAGCCCUUCAAAGGAGAUUACCUGGAGAUCAGCAAGAACCCCAAGUAUCAGAAACUCAGCAGUGCUAUGGAUGAGAAGGUUCUGCUGGCUGAUGUGGUUAACAAGAUUAACAGAGCUAAUGGCAAGGGAACAGCUCGAAUCUUCCUGCUGACUAAGAAGAGCGUCGUCCUGGCUGACCAGAAGACAGGCCAAGUGAAGGCUAGUGUCCCUCUGCCAGAUCUCACUAGUGUGUCGGUCAGCACACAGAGUGAUGGCUUCUUUGCUCUCAAACUCAAAGAGGGCUCAGCCUCAGCAGUCAAAGGAGACUUCUUGCUCAGCAGUGAGCACCUAAUCGAGAUCAUCACCAAGCUCCACCGCAUUGGAGCCACGGCUGCAGACAGGGAGCAGCUCAACGUUGACAUCUCAGACGAGUUUCUGGUGCAGUUCAAGCAGGACAAAGUAUGUGUGAAAUUCAUCCAGGGAGCCCCCAAGAAUGGCAACAGUGUGUCCUGCAAGCGCAAGAACAACCGCCUGCUGGAGGUGUCGGUGCCCUCGACAGCAUAAAGCAGCCCCACCCCCUCUGCUUCCAGUGCUGCUCCUGAGUGCUCAAAUUGGGGGCAGUUAAACACAGAACCACCACCACCCACUCCGAAACUCUGGUCUCAAGAGCCAUCACCCCAGUGCCCACCCUGAGCCCAAAAAUGACAGUGCAGUUAUUUGGCUUGUUAUGUUGUUUUAUUUCCUUCAGUCUCUUGUUAUCAGAUUUACUACGGCACCACUAUUGCAAUAACCAUGUGCCGCUGUUAUUUUGGCAAAGAAAGCCUUGAACUGGGUUGCAUGCCACAGAAAUUUGGUAAAAAAAAAAAUGUUUCACUGGUGUUUUGUAAAACUGGGGUCAAGAGUUGAAGAUGGAUAAGAAAAAUAUUGGUGUGGAGCACAAGAGACUUCUGUAUGACAGUGGUGAUGUUGAUGAUGAUUGUUCUGCCUGAAUGUGGUGAGUCAGUCUUCAGAGAAAAUGUCAUUAUAAGAACUUUGUGACAAGCUCCAGCCUCAACUGGCCUUGACUCAUCCAUUUUUAAGCAGCUCUGGCUUUAAGCACAUGGUUUAAAAUUUGAGAUGAACUGGGAACUUUUGGGCUUGGCCUGUCAGUGUUAGUUUCUCUGAGCAAAGUGAAUACUGCACUUGUUUUCACCUCGAUGUAACCAAUAGAGGAUGAUCUGAAAAUGAAUUUGAUUGUAUGAUGUAUUAUUUUCUAUAUAUUUUUUUUUCUCUGAAAAAAAAACAAAGCACAGUGGGCAGUUGAGAAGUCAAAUGUAAUUUGCUAGAUUAUUGUAAAACCACUUUUUUGUAU